CUUAAAUUAGAAAGAUGAAGCUAGAAGUGUUUGUUUUUAAAUACUCUAACAAAUAUAAAUUCAUUUAAGAUUCUGAUGAAAUUCCCUAAGGAUUAUAAGCUGAAUUCGUGGUUUGUUAAAUACGCAGUGAGCUCUCAUGGAUUGAAUGUUGAGGACGCAAAAAAAUUUGAAGAGGCUGAUAUCAACAGCUGCCUUAAUGGCUUGAUAAUGCACGUGAAAAAGGAAGCUUAUGUAUUCCCUAAACCUCCGCUUAUCCAUUGGGAAAGCAUUAAGAGGAAAUUCUUGCCAAAGAGUAUUAACACAAAUGACACAAAUUACCAGAUCUGCUUCCCACUCCCAACUCCCACCCAACUCCCAGAUCAUGAACUUCCCUCAUUGACUCCCAGUUUACUACUUAUUCAUCCGAGUGAGGAAACAUGGGUUCUCUAUAACCCCAAAGCGUCAAAGACUUGUUCUAUUGAAUUGGAUUUUAGAGGCCAUAAGCUGGUUGGGUCAUCUCCGGGAGGAUGGCUGGUGUUUUUCAACUGUGCAGAAGAUACAUUGAACUGCUAUGAUUUCUAUGAUAAGGGUAAUUGGCAUAAGCUGAUGACUCUACCCGGACAACGAAAUUAUUGGAGUAACUGCACAUACUGUUCAUGAUGGAACCAUCGGACGGGAUCCCAGUGAUUUACCACUUUGAGAUUGAUCGUGACACAAUUAUUCACCAUGGGAUGUUUAGCCAUCAACAUGGAGGAAAAAUAAAAAAUGUGUCGUUGUUUGAAAGUGUGUUGCAUCUGAUAGUCUCUAAUGAUAGAAACUCCUACUUUCAAUCUAUUAGAUCAGAUUUCUCCGCAUGUCAAGUCACUUUGAGUGAAUCUGAUCUCGAUCGCUAUAUGGAGUUGGGCAAAACAAUGUUUACUAGCAUGGUGUUAUCUCCAUCGACAACACCGUUGAUCAUGGUCUUCAGGCCUGAGAUGCAUUUAGUUUUGUAUCAAUUUUUUAGGUUUGGAGAAAAUGGAUUUCUUGAUUUAGAGUCGGUAUUUUUUGAAUAGAUACUGGCUCUAAAUCAGGAAAUCCAUUUUCUCUAAACCCAAUAAAUUGAUACAAAACUAAAUACAUCUCAAGCAUGAACACCAUGAUCAACGAUGUUGUUGAUGGAGAUAACACCAUGCUAGUAAACAUGGUUUCGCCCAACUCCAUAUAGCGAUCGAGAUCAGAUUCACUCAAAGUGACUUGACCUGUGGAGAAAUAUGAUCUAAUAGAUUGAAAGUAGGUGUUUCUAUCAUUAGAGACUAUCAGAUGCAACACAAACAACAACACAUUUUUUAUUUUUCCUCCAUGUUGAUGGCUAAACAUCAGGCCGCCCAUAAGCAUGUUCACCAGGUGCUUUCGAACAGGGCCUCCCAAAUCUGCAGGCCUAUUUUUUAACACCUUAAGUCAAAGCCCGAUAAUUUGUCCAUGCCUAAUGCUGGUUCCAACCCAAUAAUUCAGCAAAUCCAACGAUUAAAAUGGCUCUAUUAUG